AUGGGCUGCGCUAGUUCCGCGCCCACCGCCAACGCGGCAGCGGGGGAGGUUGGAAAUGGCGGCGAGGGCCAGGCGGAGGAGUGGACGCUGUGCGGAUGCGGGGGAAAUCGGCGCGCUAAGGAGGGGAAGGUGCGGACGAAGGCGGGCGGGGAGAAGUGGCGGAGGACCAGGGAAAACGAGGCGCAGAAAGGGGAGGCAUUGGGGAACGGGCGCGCGGUUAGGAACGAGCGCAAUGCGGAAAUGAUGCGCGGUGGGGCCCGAGGCGAGGAGAGGGACGAGGGGAGGGAAGCGCACGACGGGAGAGAAGCGCACGAAGGGAGAGUGGGCAGCAAGGUGCGCGCAGAGGGCGAGCAGAAUGGCGCGGAGCUCUGCGAUGGCGCGGGGAUGGACGGCGGCGCAGGGGGCGGCAGGGUCAAGGUGCGCAGCACUGAGGGGGCUGCGAGCGGGGGAAGGGCGCAUGUGGGCGUGCAUGUGCACGAGUCCCUUGACAUGCGUAUCUGCGUGUGUGUGCGUGUGUGUGUGUGUGUGUGUGUGUGUGUGUGUGUGUUUGUGUGUGUGUGUGUGUGUGUGUGUGUGUGUGUGUUUGCGUCCCGUAGGGUGGGCGUGCUGGCAUUCGAGGUGGCAGCGGCGGUGGUGAGGGCGGGGGUGGUACGGCAGUCAGUGGAGGGCGAGGACGUGGACGAGCUGCGCAGGGAGGUGCUGGCGUCUGAUGGCAUUGCCUUUCUGCUCUCCUCCGACUUCAACCACGUCUGGCACAUCGCCACCCAAGAUAAGUGGUCCGUCCGCCACAUCCCUGCUCGCGCUGGAGGAGGUGGGGCGCCUGGCAGCGAGUGUGGCGCGCCUGGGCUCGCAGUGCGCCGACACCGCUCUGCACUCCCUCGCCCUCCGCUUCUCCAGCCUGGCUGCAGCAGUGAGGGAGCGGCAGGGGGGUGGGGGGAGGAGCAGGGGGGAGCGGAGGAGGGGGAGGAGGGGGAGGCGGUGGACGAGCUGCUGCUGCAGAUGGAGGAGGACUCUCAGAUCACCAUGGAGCUGAGGCGCGAGGUGCUGCUGCUGGAGGCCAUGCGCCGUGACAUGGAUAGCACAUGCGACUCUGGGGAGAGGGUGGCGGAGCUGAGAGCACAGAAGGAGCGAGUGCGCGCCAUGCAGGAGAGCUCCUUCUGGGACCGCCCCCUCGAUGAGGUGAUUGCUCCUGUCCGCAUCACUGCACCACCACGACCCUCUCAGUUGCCUGCCUGCCACCCCCCUCCCCCCCUUCCACACCACGUGCAGUUGGUGCGCCAGCUGGCGCGUGUCGUGGACCAUCUCAUUCGCCUCGUCUCCUCCACCUUCGGCCCGCUGCGUGAGUCCAUCGCUGCCACUGGACGUCCCUCUGCUGCCCGUGCGGGGGAAGGGUGCACAGGUGGAGGGGGGAGGGAGGGGCAGGCGGAGGGGGGGAGGAAGCUGGGGGAGUCGGGCAUGGCGCUGGCGUAUGCGCGGCUCAUCAUCGCCAUCGACCUGCUGGUGGGAAUGCAGGGGGCGGAGAGCCGGAGGGACUACCUGUACUCGCUGCUGCCGCACUCGCUGCGCUGCAAGCUCAAGGGGGCGCUGCUGCAGUCGCAGCACAUCUGCAUGGAGAGCACGGAGAGCAUAGAGGAGAAGCUGGAGGGCGUGUUGGACUGGCUGGUCACCAUGGCAGACAACACCAUCAGGUACGCGAGUGACGUGCGGGUGCGGGGAGGCAGCGCAUUGAGUCGCCUGCAGACCCUGCAUCACGUGGAGGAGGCGCGCAUGGAGCGCCUCGUGCUGCUGCUGCUCAUCGGCCUGCAGCACCUCGCCAGCCGCCAACAGCUCCCCGCCCCCUCCGCCCCCGCACCCACACCUGCACCUGUCCCCGGCACCGCCCCACCGCACGGGGUGGGCGAUGGGGGGAACGGCAGCAGUGGGGGCGGCCCCAGUGGCAAGUACGCCAUGACCGGCGCUGGGGCCGGCACGUGGGGCGCUGGCAGGGGCGCGGGCAGGCCGGGUGGUGGCGCAGCUGAGAGGAGGGGCGGGGGUGUGGAGGAAGAGGGGAGAGAGACGAGAGAAGGGGAGGGACAGGAGAGUUUGGGGGGUAGCGGCAGUGGCAAGGGGAAGAGCAGGGAGGCAGCAGGCAGUGGAGGAGCUGCUUUACCCGCUGCUGCUGGUGGGGGUGGUGGGGGUGGCGGUGGCAGGGAGAGGGGGUGGGCGAGUCACACGCGGGUGUGGCAUCCCAUCCCAUGCACCGCCAUCACAGCCCCCUGCCCGCCCCCUGCCGCCCACGUGGCAGCUGACUUGGCCAGUGACGUGGCAGGUAUGGAGGGGCACUUGCCAAGCGUGCCUGCAGCAGGGCCAGCCGGGGAGGAGCAAGCUGUGGGGUCGGUUGCAGGACAUGCAGUGUUGGGCCCGUGGGGGCAAGAGGCAGCGGAAGAAGCUGCCGGCACAGCAGAGGCAAGGAGUGGCACGGAGGCAGCAGAGGCGGGUGCAGCAGAGGGUUCAUGCGAAGAGACCGGCGAGGGCAGGGCGCCGAGCAGCGAGGGGCGCGUGGGCAGCCCUGGUGGCGUGCAGGACGUGCCUGCCAUCGACCUGCACGCUGCUGCGCUGUCCUCCCACCCGCAGUGGUCGCCCGGGUCGGGCAGCGACCCCCCUUCCCCCGCGCCGUUGGUGUGGUCGGGGCCACUGAGCGAGCGCAGCAGCGUGGGGCGCGCAUCCCAGGCCAGCAGCCCGGGUGGCGUGGCGUGGAGCGGUGGUGUGCGGCGCACGGGCAGUGCGGAGGGCAGCCGGGAGGGCGAGGGCGUGGAGGAGUGGAGCGACAUCCUGGCCCACCUGUCGUCCACUGCUCGCAGUGCCGUGGGGGGGCUGGGAGGGGCGGGAGCAGGGGAGGGUGAUGGGGGGAUUGCUGUGGAGAGUGCAGCGAUGGUGGGGGGUGAGGGUGUGGAGAAUUUGAGUGUGGGGAGCGUGAGUGUGGGGAGCGUGAGUGUGGGGAGCGUGAGCAGUGGGCGGCGGGAAUGGAGGGUGCCACAGAGUGUGCCUGAGGAGGAGGAGGAAGGCGAAGAGGGGGAGACCAAGGCCAGUGAGGAUCAAGGGGAGCGAGGGGAACAAGUGGGAAGUGCAACUCACAGUGGCACAGGGGAAGCAGCAGCAGCGGCAGAGCCAGCAGUGUUACCACGAUUGGUGGAAUCGGGCAUGUGCCCGCCUGCCCCACCACCAUCUCAUCUGCCCACCCAUCCUUUCACUCCUGGGUCACCUGCACGCACUCUCAUGCCGCCCUCGCCCUCCGCUGCCGUGCCACCGCGCACUGUGCUGCUAGCGGGUGCAGCAGGCAGUGUGGAUGACGUCACGCCUGCCACUGCUGUAGGCACCGCCGUUCCCAGCAGCGUGGCAGCAGAAGGGGGCGCGGUGGCGAGGGUGCGGGCGAGGGCCCCGCGGGCGGGGUGGAAGAGCAAGAGCCAGCCGCUGGAGCGACUGGCGGCGCGCAUGAAGCAGCGGCAGCAGCGCGCAGCGGGGCAGCUGCAGGAGAGCACAGGCGUGGCGGGCAGAGGGGGCAGCCCUCAGGUGCAGCUGCAGGGCGAUGGGGCAGGCAGGGGGCUGGCAGGGCGGCAGUCUGUCUCGCGCACUCUGAGUCGCCUGCAGCAGCACCAUGCCAACAGCCUCACCGCCUCCGCGGCUGGCGGCGCUGCCCUGGGUGCUGCAGACUCCCCCCUCCACGCGCGCGUGCUGCGCCGCGCACUCACGCCCAACCCCAACGCUGCUGCUGGUGGCAGCCACAGCGGAGGGCUGGAGAGGCGUGUGGGGAGGGGGCUGGGCGGCGCGUGGGAGGGGGACAUGGGGGUGGGGGUGGAGGGGGAGGAGGAGGAGGAGGCGGACAUCGAUCGCAUCCUGGACGCGCGGCCUGACAUGGACAUCAGCGCCCUCAGCCCCAUGCUCAUGCGCUCCCCCUCCUUCGGCCGCCAGCAGUACUGGAUGGUGUGA